AUGACUACAGGAUUCGAGAUUGUCGGUACAGUUUGCGCGCUGUACCAGCUCAUCCAAGCCUCAACUGGGUUCAUAUCUGAGUGUAAGACAGUAUACGAUGGGGAACCCACCACUCAUCACAACAUAAAAGAGCACGCCGAAAACCUGGCGCAAGCCUGUGACUUGACUUGGGCUCGCUACGAGACAAUGAGCUCAUCCGAAAGGCUGUCUGAUGCCGAAAGACGGGUUCAGAAGACUGCAAGAAAAUGCCACACUUCUGCUCAAGCACUCCUGGGCGAACUACGCUAUAUGACAGACAAGCAAAAAUGCAACGACUGCAUGGGAGCCGUCGCUUAUGUGGUCAAAUCCAAGUUGCACCGCAAGAUCGAACGGAUAGAGGCGGGGUUCAAAAACGGCCAGCAGGAGUUGCAGGCAAUUCUGCAAUCUGAGAUUUUGCAUGCACAGUGGUCUUCGCCAUAA